AUGACUCAACCUCCUGGUUUUAUCUCCAGUGAUGCCUCUCUGUGUGGUCCUUCUUUGGUCAUAUUCAACAACAAGGAUUGUUGCAUCUACAUGCUUAUCUAUGUCGAUGAUACUAUACUCACUAGUUCCCCACCUAUUAUGAUUCAACAACUCAUUAGCAAACUAGACAGUGUUUUCUCUCUCAAACAACUGGGUGAUCUAGACUAUUUUCUUGGAAUUGAGGUUAAGCGCACUUUCAGUGGUAAUUUACUACUGUCUCAAGGAAAAUAUGUGAGAGAUCUCUUGCAGAGAGCAAAGAAGGAUGGCUGCAAAAGUAUUACUACACCUCUCCCCGCUGUAGUUAAACUCUCUAAUGUUGGUACUGAUUUCUUUGAAGAUCCAACACUUUAA